AUGGCGGCCAUGGCGGCGGCUGCCGGAGGAGCCUCGGCCGGAACCGGGGCGGGCCCCGGAGGUCCCGGAGGAACCGGAGACCCUUCCCCGCCUUACGGCAACGGCCUGGGAGCGGCGGCGGGGCCUGAGGAGGUUGAUUACGGCGCCACCGCCGAGGAGCUCGAGGCUCAUUUCCACGGCUGCGGCUCCGUCAACAGAGUGACCAUCCUGUGUGACAAGUACAGCGGCCACCCCAAGGGCUUUGCCUACAUCGAAUUUUCAGACAAAGAAUCCGUGAGGACGUCGAUGGCUCUGGACGAGUCCCUGUUCAGGGGGAGGCAGAUCAAGGUGAUCCCCAAGAGGACCAACAGGCCCGGCAUCAGCAGCACCGACCGAGGAUUCCCCCGGGGCCGAUUCCGGGGGCGGGGGGGGGGUUACGGCUCCGCCCGCUCCCGCUUCUACAGCGGCUACACCCGGCCCCGAGCACGGGGAUACAGGUCAGGAUUUUGGGCUCAAAUCCGGCGAUUUCGGGCAAUUCUGGGAAUU